UUGGAAUCUCUUCAACUCUAUAUAUAACAAUGGUUUUUUGAGGCAAGAGAAGCCAACUUCAUUCCAUAUUCUUUUCUCCUCUCUAACUAUUUUUGCCUGCAUCAUGACUAGAAAGAAGGUGAAGCUUGCAUACAUCACUAAUGAUUCUGCAAGAAAAGCAACAUUCAAGAAAAGGAAGAAGGGUCUGAUGAAGAAGGUGAGUGAGUUGAGCACUCUCUGUGGGAUUGAUGCCUGUGCCAUCCUUUAUAGCCCAUAUGACUCUCAGCCUGAAGUCUGGCCUUCCCCUUUGGGAGUCCAACGUGUGCUUGCCCAUUUCAAGAAGAUGCCUGAGAUGGAGCAAAGCAAGAAGAUGGUCAACCAGGAGAGCUUCCUCAGGCAAAGGAUAGCAAAAGGCAAUGAGCAGCUCAAGAAACAGCGCAAGGACAACCGCGAAAAGGAGAUUACUCAAGUCAUGUACCAGAGCUUGACUGGUAAGGGCCUGCAGAAUCUCAAUAUAGUUGAUUUGAAUGAUCUUGGGUGGAUGAUUGACCAGAACUUGAAGGAUAUUCACAAGAGGAUUGAGUCUCUCAACAAAGAGGCUCAGUCCCAGGCAGCAGCAGCGGCCGCAGCUGCAGCAGGACAACUGAUAAAGACUGGAGGGAAAGCACAGGAGGAGAAACCAGCCUUUGACAGCAUGGAUGCCAUUCAGAGGCAGCAGUGGUUCGUUGACUUGGUGAACCCCAAUGAGCAGAUGGGCUUUGCUGGAGAUGACAUGAUGCUGCCAUUUGGGGACAACAACCACAACGCUCUCUGGCCUAAUGGCUUUUUCCCUUGAUUGCAUCAGCAAUGGGGUUCUUGAUCAUUUCUAGCACAUGUUUUUAGUGUUUUAGCCUAAGAUGAUCAGGGUUGUUUUCAGUUUCUGUUUUCUGUCCAUGGUAGUAGGAUUAUCUCCACAGUCUUUAGCUAUCUAUGAUUAGUUUUCUGAUCUCUCA